AUGGUGGUCGUAUGUAUUGUUAAAAAUUGCAGAAAUGCCAAAAAAACAACAAAGGAAAAAAAUUGCAACCUUUUUAGAGUACCCAAAGAUUUGGAUCGGUCUAAAGAAUGGUUAAUUAAUUGUGGAAGGGAAGAACUUUGUUCAAAGUCUGUUGAAACCCUUUAUAGCAAUUAUAGAGUGUGUAUGAACCAUUUUAAAGAAAAUAUGUUUUCAAACCCAGAGAAAACUCGAUUGUUGAUUAGUGCUGUGCCUAAUGAGUUUGUAAUGCAUACAACCAUUACAACAACAUCUAUCUCUGUUGAUGUUUCUACAAUGGUUGACGAACAAAUAAAUUUGAGUUCACCAUCUACCUCUAUGUCUCCAUCUACUACAACUUUGGAUGAACAUAGUAAACCAAGUUCACCUGCAGCAUCAACACAAACUACAAAAGAGCUUACUUUAAACGCACCUAUAAAAUUAAAACUUAAAGGUAUAGUAAAUAAACUCAGUAAUAGAUGUGCUAAUUUGGAAAAACAGGUUGAAACGUUAUCAAAGCAAAUGAAUGACACUUUAUCAUGA